GAAAUGACGAGAAAGGACAUCUUGUUUCUUGUCACAUGCCUAGGAGUUGUCGGCCUGUCGUCUGCACUUCUAAAGCCCAUCCCACUUCCGGUCGAGCUAGAAGAAUGUUACAAACUACGCUCUUACAACAUGACGCCAUCAGAUUCGGUUGCCACCAGUAUACAGAAUUUCUGCUACAAGCAUUUUCAAUAUAAGCAGCUAUCUGCUGGUAAGAUAUGGGCCGGGCCAAACAUUACAGAAGACGGAAUUAACUAUAUCAACAGUUUAUUCCGACAAAUCUUGGCGGAAGCAAGAGCAGUGGAGAAAUACAACAAGAAAGGAGGGCGACACAAACGUCAAGCAUUCCCAGGAAGAUACAGACAAGAGAUUCGAAGUCCGGGGGCCUUUCAGAGAUUUGCUAACUGUGUUAACAGACUACAGAGAGAGUCCAUCGAAGAGAAUACUCAGAGAAACACCUACCAAACACUCUCUGUUUUUCACUCUGGACCAGCAUUGGACAGUGCUCACGGUGGUCCGGCUUUUGGCCCCUGGCACAGGAUUUACUUACUUCUCUUUGAGACAGCAUGUAGAUCCCCGAUCCCAUACUGGGAUUCUACUCUUGAUCACGAGAUGGAAGACCCUACCCUAUCAAUUCUUUGGGGUGACGAAUUCCUCGGAAAUGGUGACGGUGUAGUCACAAGUGGACCUUUCCGAAACAUGCGAACACUUCUUGGUGGCCCCAUAAUCAGAAACAUUGGAACAGGUGACAGCGCCCUCUUCACCAAGGAGGGUCUCAGGGCCGUUUUGAGUCAGAGAAACUAUGGAGACAUUACGGAACCUAAAGUAGGAGAAGACUAUGUUUUCAGUUUGGAGGGCCAUCAUAAUGGUCCACAUAGCUGGGUAGGAGGUCAUCUAGGAAGAGUAAAUACUGCACCGUACGAUCCGGUCUUUUACAUGCAUCACUCUUUCAUUGAUGCCGUUUGGGAAGAAUUUCGAGACCAGCAAGUUUCCAAUGGGAUUAAUCCGGAACGAGAUUAUCCCAACCCCCCUCAUCCUGCUGGACAUGGUCCUGAUGAUAUAAUCGACUUUAGACCUUAUAUUGCCCCAAUAACUAAUAUUUUUGCUAUGUCGGAUCUCGUCGCAAAUCUUGUUAGAUAUGAACCUUUUCCAACCUGUGCGAAUAGAUGUAAUAAUAGUCCUUAUUUGCGUUGCCAAAGGACUGCUUCUGGUCAAGUCUGUGUAUCUAUAGAACGGCCUGAUGCACAGCCGCGUAUGGCUGCUGCUUUUGGUUUUGGGUCAGGGCCAGAUGUACAACCUUUACGUCGAGUGCCAUCAGAAUCACUUAUGAUGGCUCAAGCAAGCGGGCCAAUUCCUGGUGGGCCAAAGUUCCGCACAGCGCCAUUUAAUGAUAGGCGUAAUGGAGGAAUGGUUAUGGGUACUGCUCCUGUUGCACCUGAAAUCCAGGCAGCUAGGAUGGAAGUAAGAGAAGUUGUUCAAGGACGAAAACGUCGGGAUGUUUCUAAAAUAUCUCAAAAUGGUACAACUGUUCAUCACCAGUCUGUUUCCUCCCUUCAACGGUCCUUUACAAACACUUUCAUUCUUGAUGGAGAACGAGAUCUUAAGCGAUGGGUUUAUGUUCCAGUUCGUGUUGUACACACUAGAUCUCUGAAUGCCGACGGUGUUGACCCUACCUUUUAUGGAGAUGUAGAAUUGUCAAAGGAUGUUUGUCACACAGUUCAAUCUGGUGCUUCAAAAGUGUUUGUAGCUUCCAAUGGUUUAGAUUAUUUUGGAACAUAUAAAGAGUUUGUGAUAAUAGAUGAAAGGCAACCGGUUUCUACGACAACAACUGCUGUAGGGAUAAAGAAUCCGGAUUAUGGUGAGGGAGAGGUUCUUUUCACUGCCUAUGACUCGUGUGGAAGACCAUGUCGCCCUCUGUGUCUGACGGAAACCAAAGGACAACAGAAAUACACGGCGUGUUCCGGAGCUUUCCAGAUCUCGUUAGCUAAUCCUAAGAUGUAUAAACCUUCGUACAGAGAUGCCACGGCCGGUGAUUGGAUACUGCACAAUACAGUAGAUUCAUUUUCUCUGGAUCCACAAACUCCUAUCACCUUUGUUUGUGGAAAUAGUAAAUCAUGGCCCUGGGAAUUUUAGAAUUAACUACAUUGUAGGCAUGAAUUGUCACAUAUCUUAUUGUUCUUGACAAUUGAAUCUGCAAUUCUGCUAUCCAUAUCAUUAUAUCAUACUAUUUACUUCGUUAGAAGUGUCAGCCAAAUAUUUAAUGCAAUAAAUAUACUAUAAUAUAACCAAAAUGAUACAUGUAAUAAAAAAAUAAGACCACAUCAGUAAAUCGUCUUAAUAUGUACAUGUCGGAGAAAUCCGAAUUUUUUCAUUGUUUUGUUUUUCAGCUGUCAGUUUUACUACAAUGUCAUCGAUAAUUUGAAAAUAAAAGACAAUUUACGUAU